CUCUUGCCUUGUUCUGGGGAGUGGUUAUUCAUCAUUUGGAAUCACCUUUCCCCCUCCCAUGUGUUUUCCUUCAUUUGAGAUCUUUUGACCUUUGGUUUUCUUUGGGAGGGGGAAGGGUGAUAAUUUUAAAUUUCUGUUUCCCCGGUUUCCUUCUGUACUCUUUUUCUCCGUUGUUCCCCUCCUCCCAUUUUCUUGUCUGUUCUGCCACUGUGUGGGCCUGGGCUAUGCGGCAGGGCAGACCUCCCAUCAGAGCUCCAACAUGCCCGCAGAGUCUGCAAAGAGAUUCAAGCCCAGCAAGUAUGUUCCGGUCUCAGCAGCCACCAUCUGCUUAGUGGGAGCUAUGACCCUUUUCUUUGCCUUUACCUGUCCAGGACUAAGCCUCUAUGUGUCACCUGCAGUGCCCAUCUGCAAUGCGGUGGUUUUUCUCUUUGUGCUGGCCGACUUCAGCAUGGCCACCUUCAUGGACCCAGGGAUUUUCCUUCGAGCUGAGGAGAAUGAAGACAAGGAAGAUGACUUCCGAGCUCCCCUUUACAAAACAGUGGAGAUUAAGGGCAUCCAGGUGCGCAUGAAGUGGUAUGCCACCUGCCGUUUCUACCGUCCUCCUCGAUGUUCCCACUGCAGUGUCUGUGACAAUUGUGUGGAGGAGUUUGACCAUCACUGCCCCUGGGUGAACAACUGUAUCGGUCGCCGGAACUACCGCUGUUUCUUCCUUUUCCUCCUCUCCCUGACAGCACACAUCAUGGGUGUGUUUGGCUUUGGCCUCCUCUAUGUCCUCUACCACAUGGAGGAACUCUCAGGGGUCUGCACGGCUGUCACAAUGGCAGUGAUGUGUGUGGCUGGCUUAUUCUUCAUCCCCGUAGCUGGCGUCACGGGAUUUCAUGUGGUGCUGGUGGCUAGGGGACGCACAACCAAUGAACAGGUUACAGGUGAAUUCCGAGGAGGUGUGAACCACUUCACCAGUGGCUGCUGUAACAAUGUCAGCCGUGUGCUCUGCAGUUCCCCAGCACCCAGGUAUUUGGGGAGACCAAAGAAAGAGAAGACGAUUGUCAUCAGACCUCCCUUCCUUCGACCAGAAGUGUCAGAUGGGCAGAUAACUGUGAAGAUCAUGGACAAUGGCAUCCAGGGAGAGCUGAGGAGAAGCAAGUCUAAGGGAAGCUUGGAGAUCACAGAGAGCCAGUCUACAGAUGCUGAACCCCCACCUCCUCCUAAGCCGGACUUGAGCCGUUACACGGGGCUACUAACACACUUCAGCCUGGCUACUAAUGAGGAUGGCAGCCUCCUGGGCAAGGACAGCCCUCGCACACCUACCAUGUACAAGUACCAGUCGGGCUACAGUAGCAGCAGUACGUCAGCCACCAUGCCUCAUUCCUCCAGCGCCAAGUUGAGUCGUGGGGACAGCUUGAAGGAGCCGACCUCAGUUGCAGAGAGCAGCUGCCAUCCCAGCUACCGCUUGGAGCCCAGCUUGGAGCCAGAGAGCUUCCGUUCUCCCACCUUUGGCAAAAGCUUUCACUUCGAGCCACUAUCCAGCGGCUCACGCUCCUCCAGCCUCAAGUCAGCCCAGGACACUGGCUUUGAGCUGGGCCAGUUGCAGUCCAUUCGUUCAGAGGGCACAACCUCCACCUCCUAUAAGAGCCUGGCCAACCAGACACGCAACAGAAGCCUGUCUUACGACAGCUUGCUCACUCCUUCGGACAGCCCCGAUUUCGAGUCCGUGCAGGCAGGGCCUGAGCCAGACCCACCUUUAGGCUACACCUCUCCCUUCCUGUCAGCCCGGCUGGCCCAGCAGCGGGAAGCCAAGAGGCACCCACGUUUGGUGCCAACCGGCCCAACACACUGAGAGCCCUCCCUGGUCUGGUACGACAAUCUGUCGCGCCAUAUUGUGGCCUCCCUCCAGGAAUGAGAGAAGCUGCUACGCCAGUCACCCCCACUCCCAGCACGAGAAGAACCAGGCUUGGGGGACUCAGGCAUUCAGUCAACGCCGGGCUCAGGCCAUGCCCCUUGCACUAGUUCCUCCUCAGAUGAUUCAAAGAGAUCACCCUUGGUCAAGACGCCACUGGGACGCCCAGCUGCCCCCCGUUUUGGCAAGCCAGAUGGGCUAAGGGGCCGGGGACUAGGGUCCCCUGAACCAGGCCCAGCCGCCCCAUACCUGGGCCGAUCUGUGUCUUACAGCAGCCAAAAAGCCGGUGUCACCCCAGCUGGUGUCUCUGAGGCAGAGGAAGUAGCCUUGCAGCCAUUAUGGACACCCAAAGAUGAAGUACAGCUCAAGACCACCUACAGCAAAUCCAAUGGGCAGCCCAAGAGUAUAGGCUCUGCCUCCUCUGGCCCAGGCCAGCCACCUCUCAGCAGCCCCACAAGGGGCGGAGUCAAGGAGGUGUCAGGGGUGGGUGGUACCACCUAUGAGAUUUCCGUGUGA